AACGUGUGUACUUGUGUACUGUGUGUGUGUUAUCGCGAUGCGAACAAUACAGGUGCAUGCGGAACACCACCACCACGAAAAUAGCAACGUAGGCCGCUCAAUGCAUCUGACCCCAACUUUAGGACCUCAGCAACAUCACAUCAAUGAUAAGGAAUAACAUGGAUAUACAAAUAUUUAUUUCCCGAUUUUAUGCAACAUAACUCUAGAUUUACAGAAAUGAGCGAGCAGCUGUUUGGACAUAAAACCACUUAAUUUUCGUGCAGUUUAUUGUGGAAUCAAUUUCUCUUCCGGAUAUCGGUGUGACAACCCCUUUUCACGGCCAGGCGAGACGGCGGAAGCGACAGGUGUUGAAUUUGGAGCAUUUCACAGAUUCUUACUGCAAGUAACAUGAGACGAAAUGCAGAAUCAUCAAUAAUCUUUAUGCAGAGUGUGAUGUUUUAACGAUUUUGGUGCAUGGUGGACACUUGUGAUGAAUGUAAGAUCUAAGAUUAAGAAUUUGUUCGAAGUUUAUUUGAGUAAACAACAAGUUCCUGAAAAAUCUGGGACUUGUUCAUUGCCAUUGUGGUGAUGUCUUGACUAUUUGAUUCUGCAAGUAAGAGUUGAAAUUUCAUGAUCUACAACCGCUAACACUAUAAAGCAAUCUUUGAAACUUAAUAAUAAAGAAGAAGCAGAGAAGGACCCAGUGUCAACAAUGCCAGUUGCACAAACCAGACUUGAAAUCUUGCAAGUUCACAAGUUCUUGCAGUGUGUACGAUCCAAGGACAAAGCACAGAUUGAGAAACUGUGCUCAAAUGGAGUCCCACAUCUCGUCAACUACAGUGAACCAGAAGAAGGUGAAACAGGAUUGCAUUUGGCAGCAAGGGUCAAUGAUGAGGAGAUGGUACGAUUCCUUCUCGACUUGGGAGCCCAUCCCAAUGUCAUUGAUCUUAAAGGGAGAACAGCUGCGAUGAGAGCUGCAGAGUUUGGCCAUGUCCAGACUCUGGAAAUUUUAGCCACAGCUGGCUCAGACAUGAAGAUAAAAGAUACUGAUGGCAAAGGUAUUUUGUUCUUCUGUAUUUUGCCAACCAGUCGUCAUGCUCGCUGUACAGCCAUUGUUAUUGAGAAUGGAGCAGAGUGUAACAACACAUCUAAUGAUGGCAUGCCUCUUCUGGUUGUAGCCUGUCUAGAAGCAAAAGAGAAUGAAGAUAUCUGUAAGAAGCUUCUCGACCAAGGCGCUGAUCCAAACAGCACACAUCCAUCCACAGGAAGAACAGCGCUGAAUGCUGCAGCUGGAAGCGGUAGCGUUGAAGUCGUCAAAGCCAUUCUGUCUAAAGGGGGCAACGUGAACACACCCGAUAAGAACAUGCUGACGCCCACUCACAGAGCGUCCAUGAGAGGGCACUUUGAGGUUCUUCAGAUAUUAGCUAGCUACGAUGCUGACUUUGGAUGUGUUGAUGUCAUUCUAAACACACCUGUGCACUAUGCUGCAGAAGGGGGCCAUGCCCUGUGUUGCAGAUACCUUGCACAGAGAGGUGCCAAAGCACACAUGAAGAAUGAAGAUGGCCUUCUUCCCAAAGUGAUUGCAAAGAACUUUGGAUUUAAGGAUGCACUGAAGGAAUGCAAGAAGGCUGAGAAACUUGCCAAAAAGAUUCAGACUGGUGGCAAACUGCCCACGGAGCCAUGGGCUGUCAGGGUGUAUGAUUGGGCAAAUGCCAGACAAGAAGAACUCUCCAAGAAGUUCAUGGAGAUGGACCCAGAGAUGAAUGAAGUUAUCUCUAAGGACCAGUUCUAUGAUGUCCUCAUAUCGUUUGAUGCACCCGUCAAUGAAGAAGACUUUAAGAAACUAUUCCAGCUUCAUGACAAGAUGAAGGAAAAUGUUAUCAAUUACAGUGACUUUCUAGGAGCCAAGAAGUAUGUACACAAAACUUAUCUCAUGUCAGCAUAUGCCAAGAAGGAUAAGAAGAAGAAGGGCAAAAAGGGCAAGAAGAAGAAGGGUAAAACCAAAGUGCCAAUGCCUAUUUGUUUGGGACCAGAAGGUGAUAGAACAGAAAGGGGUGGACCCCCACCUGUAUUCAUUGAGAGACAUGUACCAUUCACUGAUACUGGUCGCUUUGAUCGCAACAGACCCCCACUUCAUCCCAUCCAGGAUGACUCAGCGUGGUAUCUUAGUCAUCCAGAAAAGACUUACAUUAAUGUUAAUGAUGCUGCAAAGAUGGGAGACUUAGACUCAUUACGACAGGCGUUCAUUCAUGGUAGGAGCGUGGAUGUACGAGACAAAUACUUCAAGACGGCCCUCAUGAUUGCGUGUGGUCAAGGGAACUUUGAGAUUUCCAAGUUUUUAGUUGAUAAUGGAGCCCAGGUAAACACUUGUGACAACUUCAAGUGGACUCCUCUUCACCAUGCUUGUCUGUCUGGUCAGCUAGACAUUGUCCAGCGGUUAGUGGAGGCUGGAGCAGACAUGAACGCUCAGGCAUUGAAUGGAGGGACACCGCUCAUGAGGGCUAUACAGACAGGCUCACCAAACGUUGUACAAUACCUCAUCAACAGAGGCUGUAGUGUGCAACUUGAAAAUAGAAAAGGUGAUACAGCAAUGGAUGUAGCAAGGUGGUGGGCUGAUCCAAGGGUUCUUCAAAUCGUCUCUGACAAGUUUGAAACCAUCCCAACUCCAAAGGAAGGCAAGAAGAAGGGCAAGAAGAGCGCUGGCAAGAAGAGCGAUGGAGUCAAGAGGGCACAAUCUGUACCCCCUAUCCCUCAGGGUGGUCUCAUAUCACAACCAUCAGGGACCGACUCUCCAAUCACAACACCACGCGAGCGUAAAGGCUCCGUACUAAGAGCAGCCUCGGCCAUGGCCGGGGGUAUAGAACACCAGGAGGAUAUCACUUAUAUACCCCUCAAAGCAUGGAGUAAUGUACCAAAUACCAUGGAGCUUAUCAUCAAGAAGGAACAGAGAAGACAGAGGUAUGGAGAUGGUAUUGACUUCCCUGACUACAGACAUCCGUUUAAUGAAAACUUCAUGAAGAAAUCAGAAGAACUUGGUGGGGUGGACUCCGACGAUGAUUGAAAUUUAUUUUGAUUAAGAUCCAAAAUGGAAUGAAAGAAUUGAUUAAGUCCUAUUCAAAUGAAUAAAUUCCCAAAUGGUUAUGAUUAUGGUGGAUUUGUUUGGAACGUCGGAAGCUUGUUUCAUAGAAUACAAGUAUGUAUACAAGAAUGUAGUGGGCUAUUCACAGUGCAGCACAUGUGUUGGAAGUUUCGGUGGGAGAGUUGAGAGAAUGCUCAGUGACGCUAUAAAGAUCAACAUUUUGAUCAAGAGUUGCCUGCGAUAUGAAGUCCAUUUUUGAAUGCUUCUGAUCGAUGGCAAUAACUACCUGGUACUUGUAUCUCAACGGUCACGCAUAAAUGUGUCAAUGAGUAGUCACAUGUCAUACAGAAAACAUUUGCUGUAGAUUUCAUCUGUAUUUAUUCAUCUAUAGUAAACAUGGGAAUUUAAUCAGGUGGGCGUUAUUGAAUAUUGCUGCAUUUUUUCCUUGUUGGUAUUUUAGUGGAGAUUGCAGUAAUGGUAAUCAAUUCCUCCAUCAUUGCAUUCUAAUGUUUCCUGACUUUGUACACAGAUCUGAUAUAUAUUAUGCAAUGCACAUUAAUGCUAUCAAAUCAUGUUUAAUUUAAUGAUAAAUUUGUUUUGUUCGAUCCAUACAGCUAUAAAAACAAACAAAACAAACAUCAGUCAUGGUUAUGUUAUGCAUCAUAACUUUUAAAUGAAUGCCAUAGCGAACAAGUUGAGAUUAUGCACAUAAUUUAUUUUUUAUGCAAACGAUAAAGCACAAAUAUUUGAUUGAGCAAUCAUUUUUUUAUAAAAUCAUCAUGGCUUUUUAAAGUGUAUCAUGUAUAGGUCACUAUUUCUGUACCCUUAAAUUAAUGCUUCUAUUUUAUAGUAAUUAUGAAUUGUGCAUUACUCCUACAUGUAGUCCUAUAGAAUGAAUUAUGAAUCAAUAAAUAUCAUCAAGUUGGUAUUUUAGUGACAAAAAUAUAUUUGAGGAGUGUCUUUGAUAUGAAGUUAACUUAUGUACUGAAAUAAUCAUGUAGAUUUUCAAUUACAUGUACAACUGUACUACAUUUUGAUAUCGGAUAUAAAUUAGAAUCGGAUUUCAUGAGAAAAGCUAGUUUAUGUGAAGUUGUGAACUGCAUUUUAGUUAAUUAGACUAUUGUUCGUGGUCAAUUUUUAAAUGUUUGUAUAUUAGAUAUGUCUAUCGACAUCAACAAGCAUUAUUACAGUCAUUUUGCAAGUUGUAUAAUUUUAUGCAAAAGUAUGAAGAACAAUACAGGUUAAGUUUUUUUUAGUUUUGAAACAAUUUGGGAAAUUUUUUGGAGAACAAUGUUUUUAUAUUGAUUUGGAACAAAAAGAACGAGUAUGAUCUGAAAGGUCAAAAGGUGUUAAUAUGUACUUCUUUUGAUUUGUAGACUUUAUUUGCUUCACAUCAUAAGUUUCUGUUAAAGUGCCUCUAUUUUUGUGAAUUUUGUGUGAGGUAGAGAAAUAUUUUAGUGCUCAUUGUGUAAUAUCAUAAAAGUGAUUAUCAAUAAAUAUUUAUGUACAUGAAUUAA